CUUAAUUACCCUUUGAUCUUUUACUGCUCUUGCUAUUAUCAAGAACCCAAUUAGCAGCAAACACCUUUCCAAAAACAAUAACCAUGAAGAAACUCCUUCUCCCUCCUCUGCCUCUUUACCUCCUUCCCCAUUUUCUGCAAAUCGCCACCCUACUCUCUGCACCUAUCUACUACACUCCGGUCGAAGACAUCACUAUCAACUGUGGCUAUUCCGGAACCUUAUUGAACAUGGAUGACAACCGGAAUUGGACUGGAGAUAUCAACUCAAAAUUCUCCCCCUCUGAAUUAAACCAAGCUAACACCGACCUCUCAUCCCAAGUCAGAAAAGCACCUCCCUCCUCCUCUGUUAGCCAAGUGCCUUACACCACAGCUCGGCUUUCUCUUGCCCAAUUUACUUACAAAGUUUCCCUCUCCACCGGGCAAAAGUUUAUUCGCUUCUACUUCCACCCAGUUUCAUAUGGUCCUGGCUUCGACCGAUCCAAAGCCCUCUUCUCUGUCCAAGCGGAUUUCUUUACCCUUCUUCAUGAUUUCAAUGCUUCAGUCACCGCUGAUGCUUUUGCGGCCGAGACGCUAAGAAGAGAGUUCUGUUUGAACAUUGAUGAAGGACAGAACUUGACCAUCACGUUCACUCCGAACAGAGAAAUCCCAGAUGCUUAUGCCUUUAUCAAUGGGAUUGAGAUUGUGUCCAUGCCCACCAAUCUUUACUACACUGCAUCCGAAAGCCAUGGAGUUGAUUAUGUAGGCAACGAAGUCAAUUAUCGCAUCGAAAACAUCACGGCGAUGGAGAUGAUGUACCGAAUAAACAUCGGUGGAAGUGCACUCUCUUUCGGUCAAGACACUGGGAUGUACCGCAAUUGGGACAGUUCUGUAGAGGAGCAAAAGUACUUAGAUGAUUUGAGUUCCAGGUGGACUGUUCUUCCACAAAACGUUAGCAUUCAACUCAACUUUGCGAAAAUACCAGAGUACUCUGCUCCACAACUAGUUUACCAAACGGGCCGUUCCAUGGGCAACAACCACACCAGAAACAAGAGCUACAAACUGACCUGGGAAUUUCCCGUAGAUCCGGAGUUUCUUUACCUGCUAAGGCUACAUUUCUGUGAGUUUGAGCCUGAAAUUAUGAAAAAGGGGGACCGAUCGUUUCUAAUCCAUGUGGACAACCAACUUGCUGAGCCAGAAGCCGACAUAAUCGUGUGGAGUGGUGGAAACGGGAGCCCAAUCUACAAGGACUACGUCGUGUUCAUGCCUCGAAUCUCUGAUCAGAAGAAAGUUAAGCUCUUUCUUGCACUGCAACCAGACCCAAGUGAUUGGAUGACUAAAUACAAUGAUGUACUCUUGAACGGCCUUGAACUCUUCAAGCUCAGUGAUACAACUGGAUAUCUCGCCGGACCAAACCCCGACCCACCUCCAUACACUCCGGCCGAAUUGACUCCUUCAAGUUCAGUAAAACACAACACCAAGUCCAAUCGUAUACUUGCCAUUGCUGCCGGUGUAGCUUCCGGCCUACUUGUGCUCUCUGUUCUUUUUGGAUUCCUGAUUUUCAGGCGACGACUGAAAGCCAAGUCCUUCGUCUCCAUCCACGGGCCGACCAAGUCAACAGAGAGUCGUGGGUCAUCUUUACCCCCUUAUUUAUGUCGUUACUUUCCACUGGCUGAGAUCAAAGCCGCCACCCAAAACUUUAAUGAUAGUUUCAUCAUUGGAGUUGGCGGGUUUGGGAACGUGUACAAAGGCAAUAUCGACGAUGGUGGGGCUACCCUUGUAGCUAUCAAACGGCUGAAACCCGAGUCAUCACAGGGUGCCAAUGAGUUCAAGACGGAAAUCGAGCUGCUCUCCCAGCUACGCCACCGCCAUUUAGUGUCUCUCAUUGGAUAUUGUACAGACGACAAUGAGAUGAUCUUGGUGUACGAUUACAUGGCACGUGGGACCCUCGCCGACCAUCUCUACCACAAUGAUAACCCUCCUCUUUCUUGGGAGCAACGGCUUCAAAUUUGUAUUGGCGCGGCACGAGGGUUGAGCUACCUUCAUACCGGGGCCAAGGGCACCAUCAUCCACCGUGACGUGAAGAGCACAAACAUUUUAUUGGAUGAGAAAUGGGUGGCCAAAGUAUCGGACUUUGGAUUGUCAAAAAUGGGCACUACCAACACGUCCAAGACUCACAUUAGUACAAUGGUGAAAGGUAGUUUCGGAUAUUUGGACCCGGAAUACUACCGACGUCAACGGCUAACUGAGAAGUCGGACGUGUAUUCGUUCGGUGUAGUAUUGUGUGAGGUACUGUGUGCAAGGCCGGCUGUGAUGCAUACGGUGGAGUUGAAGCAAAUGAACUUGGCUGAGUGGGUCAGGAGCUGUCAUCUCGAUGGGGAACUUGAUCAAAUUAUUGAUCCAAGCAUAAGGGGUAAGAUUGAAAUUCAGUGUCUGAAUCAGUUUGUUGAAAUUGCAAUGAGUUGCAUGAAUGAUAGUGGGAUCGAACGGCCGUCAAUGAAUGAUGUUGUGAGGGUGCUUGAGCUUGCAUUGCAUCUCCACCGCAACUGCAUUGAAAGGAACAAUGAGGUUGCCUUCGUCAAUGACAGUGCCGCUGCCGAAAUUAGAAGUGCUAAGCCAGGUUGCGCUACAAAUGAAUCCAUCCAAUGUAUAUCUGAGACGAUCUUUUCUGAGAUUAAUGAUCCAAAUGGGAGAUAA